CUGCCGUCGUCAUCCUUGGACUGCCGCAUUCAAUGAGCUUCAGGGCCUGAAAUAGGAAGAUCAACACCACAUAUUCAUCGUAAAGAACCAAUCUUUUCAUCGAAUUGUUGCUGCUCUCCAUUCUUUCCACCUCUCCCUGAGUGCAUACGCCACCCAAUUGGCCUCACACCACCUCUCACCCCCUUCGCAACAAUGAACCACGAUAACACCAAUAGCCAGAAGAUCAAGCUCACGGGGGAGCAGAUUGCCCAGCAUAACUCGCCGGAAUCAUGUUGGGUCAUCAUUCACGGAAAGGCUUAUGAUGUGACCGAGUUCUUGCCUGAACAUCCUGGGGGACCUAAGAUCAUCCUCAAGUACGCUGGCAAAGAUGCGACGGAAGAGUAUGAGCCAAUCCACCCACCCGAUACGCUAGACAAGUACCUAGACAGGUCAAGACAUCUUGGGGAAGUCGACAUGGGCACGGUGGAGAAAGAGGAGAAGGAAGAAGAUCCAGAAGAGCAGGGGCGACAGGAGAGGAUCAAGCGAAUGCCAAUUCUGGAGCAAUGCUACAAUCUAAUGGACUUCGAGGCCGUUGCGAAGAAUGUCAUGAAGAAGACAGCAUGGGCAUAUUACUCGAGUGGUGCUGAUGAUGAGAUUACCAUGCGAGAGAAUCACAAUGCCUACCACAAGAUAUGGUUCCGUCCGAGAGUACUCCAAGACGUCGAACACAUUGAUACCUCGACGACCAUGCUCGGAACGAAGGUUUCCAUGCCCUUUUAUGUAACCGCGACAGCACUAGGAAAGCUCGGCAAUCCUGAGGGAGAAGUCAUCUUAACUAGGGGCGCAAAGAAGCAUAAUGUUAUCCAGAUGAUUCCAACUCUAGCAUCCUGCUCUUUCGACGAGAUCUGCGAUGCUGCCGAAGACGGUCAAUGCCAAUGGCUACAGCUCUACGUCAACAAGAACCGGGACAUCACCAAACGCAUAGUCCAGCAUGCCGAGAAGCGCGGCUGCAAGGGUCUGUUCAUCACCGUCGAUGCGCCGCAGCUCGGCCGCCGUGAAAAAGACAUGCGCUCAAAGUUCUCCGACGUUGGGUCAAGCGUGCAAUCCUCGUCUGGCGAUGAUGUGGAUCGAAGUCAGGGUGCUGCUCGUGCCAUCUCUUCUUUCAUCGACCCCAGCCUAAGCUGGAAAGAUAUUCCCUGGUUUUUGAGCAUUACCAAGAUGCCCAUCAUUCUCAAGGGCGUUCAAUGUGUGGAGGACGUUAUCCGCGCGAUCGAGUCCGGGGUUCAAGGCGUUGUUUUAAGCAACCACGGUGGUCGCCAACUGGAUUUUGCACGAUCUGGAAUCGAAGUUUUGUCAGAAGUCAUGCCCGUGCUCCGCGAACGUGGCUGGCAGGAUCGCAUCGAAAUCUAUGUCGACGGGGGCGUUCGUCGCGCUACAGACAUUCUCAAAGCACUCUGUCUAGGCGCAAAGGGAGUUGGCAUCGGUCGACCGUUCCUAUACGCCAUGUCUGCCUACGGUCUGCCUGGUGUUGAUCGCGCUAUGCAGCUUCUCAAGGAUGAGAUGGAGAUGAACAUGCGACUUAUCGGCUGUUCAAAGAUCUCAGACUUGAAUCCCACGCUCGUCGACGUGAGAGGCUUGAGCAUGCAUACAGCUACCGUCCCGUCAGAUACGUUAGGUUCGAAUGUGUAUGACCCUCUUGUCGGCCCGAAGGAGAAGUCCAAGUUGUAGGAUAGAAGAGCUAUUGUACUGUACAUACGCAUAUUUGGUUUUCGGAGCACAUUCUUGGAUUAUUCCUCUCAGCCUGUAGUAAUUAAAUUCCGAUCACAGGAAAGGGCUCUCCAGCGUAACGCAGCCAUGUCCAGCCUCGAACGUGG